UUCGUUAGUGAUCGCACCACUUCUCUCCAGUAUAUUUGCAGUUGCAGUUGUUGGUUGAUUUGCUAGCUAGCUUUAUUUGUAACAAGCUCCAACCAAGCAAGCAAACACCAAACGCCACAUACACAUAUACUUGUCCUAGCUAGCUGCUACAUACAAGCGAACCGGUUAAUUAGCUGGUCCGGCCCUCAUCACUACUACAAACAUCAUAUCGCAUCGCAACAGUGACCUAGCUAGCCUGCAGCAGCUACUGCAAGUAAAGGUUAAAGCGAGCACUUUGCGAUUGCUUUCUAAAUUGUUCGGUCUCUCGAUCUUGGCUAGAUAGCGAGAUCAUCAGCAAGCUAGCUAGCUCCUCGGUCUCGAUCUCUCAUGAGAAGGCAUGGCGGCAGCGAGGCCUCCCCUUCUAUCAUCCACACAUCUUCCAUAGCGCUUCUCCAGGAGAGGUUCAGAAACCUGCAGAGGGUGAAGGAGAUGAGGGAGGCCGGCAGGGAGGUGAGCAGGCCGGUGCGCCCCGCCGCCGACGCUCACGACCGCGCUGCUGGCGCGGCGUCGGCUCUCGGCCUCGGCCUGCACGCGGCGGCGAGCGGCAAUGAGCAGCCGAGGUGGUUCUUGCACCCGGACUUGGUCCGGCCGUCCAGGCCUCUGCACGGCCCGCCAUCGUCGUCGUCGCAUCACAGCAUCGGCGGCGGCGGCGUCCAGGCAUCGUCGUCGUCGACGCUGGCGACGAGCCCGUGGGGGGACAUGCCGAGGGCGACGGCGGCGAUGCAGAAUUCAGGCUAUCGGGGCGACGUAGACGUCGACACCUCGCUUCAUCUGUAAACCUAGCGACUACAUGGUAUAUGCACGUAUGCAUGGCAUGGCGGCUCUGCUGUUCUUUCGUUAUUCUCUGUACGGCCUUUUGAGUCCCGGCCAGCCGGCCGGACUUAUUUGCAGUACUUUGUUGCAUUUUUUUUUGUUUCUUGUAACUUCUGCUUUGUUACGUACUCUGAGGUAUCCGAGAUAAUGGAUCGAGAUAUAUGAUCUGCAUCUUCAAGGUGUUACAUGCUUAUAUUAAUUGGGCAUUGGAUAUA